GCGCCUGCACAUGUAUUUUCAAAAAACCAAAAUAUUGCGGCAAAAGUGUAAUGUGUCGUGUAACGUACAAUGUGUUUAGAUGUGACUAAAUAUUUUUGCUACUGUGAAGUAAUUUAGGAUGGAGAGUAGCGUACACAUUCGGAAAGGAAAGCGUGAAAGAGAGAUCUCAAGUGAAAAAUACAGCAGAGAAUACCGGAAAAGAGAGUCUGAAGGCGAAUGUUCACGGCCUGCAGAAGGACACAAAAGAGUGAUUUCGAGAGACAAGUCAAAACUAGCGGAAGCUGAACGAUGGUCUCCAUAUGCUUGGAAAUUCUACAACCCACUGGCUGUCGGCAGCAUAGAUGGCACAGACACGGAACCACACGACCGGGGCAUUGCACGUGCCAUGGAGGCCGAGUACCACCCUAAUGCUCGGGUAGUUGGUAAUCCGCGCGCAACUCUAUUUCUUGCCCGGUUACCACCUCACACUGAUAAGGAAGAAAUUCUAAAGAAAUUUUCAAAGUUUGGAACGAUUCGGAAUUGCCGACUUGUUAAUGAUAUCGUCACAGGAGCUUUCAAGGGUUAUGCAUUUAUCGAGUUCAAGCAUGAGAGAGAUGCUGUGUAUGCAUAUGGCAAAGCAAAGGGUCUUCUUAUCCAGGGGAAGGAGGUCCUUGUUGAUUAUGAGCAGGAGAGAAUUCUUCCAGGAUGGGUUCCACGACGUUUGGGUGGAGGUUUUGGUGGCAAGAAGGAAUCUGGGCAGCUGAGGUUCGGCUGUCGAGAUCGUCCAUUCCGAAAGCCCUACACAUUGUUGGAUGUCUAACAUUCAUGUUGGUUAAUCUUCAGACUGCCAGGAAGAAGUCUGUGGAAGGAUUGUGUCUACAUUGAAGAGUGUACAUGAUCUCUCUUGUUCCCAUUAAUAUUGGGCAACUUGGAAAUUUUUGUUGAAUUUUGAGAAGCAGCUGUAAUGGUGAUAGUUCUGUGGUAUUUGCACAAGGAGUUGUUACUAAAUUGGUGCCAGUAUAGUGAAACAUUAUCAAAACACAUCACCCAGUUACGUAGUCAUGUUUUGGAAAUCGUAACGCCAAGAAGAAGAAAAAAAAUGAUGAUGAUGAUGGUGAUGUUGGUGAUGUUGUUGAUGAUGAUGAUGAUGAUGAUGAUGAUGAUGAUGAUUCUAUUCAGUUUUUAAACAUCUUAUAAGUCAUGAGUUGUGCUCUUUGAGCAUUAUGUCACAUUAUAACUUCAGUUAAAACAUAGUCGCCGCAUUGACAGAAGUGAUGGUAACAGUUGGUUGUAGGAUUAGUAUGUAGAAGUAGUGAAAUGAAAUAUGUUGUGGUAGAAUGACAGUGUUGGUGAUGUUUUAUUAUGUGCCGGGGGGAGGAGGGGGGGGGGGGUUACAUCAGAUGUUCUACAGAAACUUCCCAAAAUUUUAUCAGGGCAUCUGCUAAUCAUCUUCAGGUAACGAUACUUUGGUGUGCCUGCUGGUGGAAGGCUCCAAGGCAGCACUUCAAUGUUACUGCUAAACACACAUUGCAAAAACAAAAAUGGGGGAAAAUGUACAUAGUGAUGGUUUUUAGCACAUACAUAACAGCACAUUUUGUUGAAAGUAAUGGAAAUAGUCUGUCAUGCGAGAGAUUGCAAAGUAUUGGACUUCCUGUUCCUUUUGUUAAUUCACAAACCACUGUUGAUACAAUAUCAACAGGUGCAAGGUCAUUUACCAUGUCUUUUAGUUAAACUAUGUGUAGGACGUUGUGUGGCCAGCGUUAUUGCUUUGAUAAUGCUGUUGCGGAAAGACGUAGCAGUAACGAGGGUCAAGGGCCUUGCUGCAUUUGUGUGUUCAGCACUUUUUAUCCAGGAUUACCAGCUUUUUUUAAAGCAGAGUUCGGACAUCCCUACACUGAAAAAGUGUGAUUUUUUUAACUAACAUAUCUAAACCAAUAAUUUACACACACAGGUGUAAAAUUCAAACAUAUAUUGGGCAAUUUGUGGUUUAUUUUCAAUCCUUAAAGUGUUAUGACAGCACAAAAGGUAUAAUCUAGGCAAGUUUGAAUUGCAGCAAAGUACUGCAUAUUAUGUUCUUGAUAUUUCUGGUUGCUUUUCAACCUCCUUAGUAGGUCAUUCUCUUUUUCCCUGUUGAGAAACCAAUGGAAUUGCUGGCAUAGUAAUGACUAGUUGUUCUUCACCAUUAAUUCAGCUUCUAAUGUAGUCAUUGACUAACAGUUCAGCAGCAUUAGGAUGAAAUACUGAUAACAUGAAACAGACAUCUGUAAACAGGUUCUUGUAGUUUGCAUGACAGUGAAAUUCUGCGCCAAUUUCUCAUUACCUCAGCUUAAAAAGGCUCUCUUUCUCUUGCUUGAGAAAAGUGCUUAAUUGCACAAAUUCUUUGAACAUCAGAUCGUCAUCAACAUGAAAUUUGUAUUGACAUGUCCCUUCUAAUUUUCUAUGUUAACAAAAAUGGUUUGAAAGCUUGGUUUACAUUUUCUCCAAAAUCAAAAUGUUUGUCAAUGUAGUCUAUAAUAGGGUGCAAGUAAUGAGCUGCACUCAGUAGUGCAGAAUGUUCAUUAUAAGUGUUCCAACAAUGUUCAUUAAAAGCUGAUAAAUGCCAAAUGCCAACGACAAAUCAUCUUCAGUUACAAUUUCUUUUUCUUUUCUUCUUCUUCUUCUUCUUCUUCUUCUCUCUCUCUCUCUCUUUCUUUUUUUACUGCCACUUCAUUACUUUCACUGACUUAUGAUGAAUUCAUUUGUGAAAAUGUUUUUUCUUGUUGUGGUCUCCAGCUUGAUGCAGCUCUCCAUGCUAGUCUAUCCUUUGCAAACUUUUUCAUACCCAAAUAACUAUUUCAACCUACAUCCAUUUGAAACUGCUUGCUGUAUUCAACCCUUGGUCUUCCUCUGCAGUUUUUACCCUAGCCCCACUUCCCUCCAGUACUAAAUUGAUAAUACCUUGAUGUCUCAGAAUAUGUCCUAUCAAAUGACCCCUUCUUUUAGUCAGGUUGUGCUGCAAGUUUUUUUUCUCCUGAGUGCUGUUCAGUACCUCCUUAUUAUUUACACAAGCUACACAUCUACUCUUUAGUAUUCAUUUCAAGCAACACGUAAAACACAAAAUAGAUAAGGCUCAUCACUUGAUGGAUAAAGUGGUCCAAUCUCUGAGAUUUGUGGGGAGUAGCGUAGGAUGAUUCAAAGAAAUGGGGAAGUCCAUGUUCGUCAAUCCAUCCUCACUCAGCAUCUUUUCAGUUGCACAAUAAAGUGUUCGAAGAAUGUUGGUACAGGACUUCUAAUGCUACCUACAUGAAUUGCAGAUUGUUCAGGAACUGAAAUGCAGAAAUCGUGUUAUGUGAUGACAAUUCUGUAAAUUAAUGCUUCAAAUGGUGAAUGAGGACGAGGAGUUUACUAACAAACUGUGGAUGUCGGACAAAGCCCAUUUCCACCUCAGUGGAUUUGUUAACAAACAAAAUUUUAAAUACUGAUCACAAGAUAAUCCUAUGGAGCUGCACCUGCAUCCACUGCAUUGCACAGCAACAAAGUUACACAUUGAAUUGUUAUGUUGUCCAGUUUGAAACCUUUGCUAGGCAACAACUAUAGAGAUUUGCAGACAUUAUUGGCACAAGCUGGUUUCAACAUCACACACAGCACAAAUAUCAAUAGCUGCUGUACACCAAUAAUUUGGGGAAUGUGCAAUUGCGAGAGCUGGUGACAUUCAGUGGCCUCCCAGAUCCCCUGAUCUGUCAGCUUGUUAUUCCUUUUAGUAUUCCUUAGUUGACCUGCUACAAUUGAAGAAUUGAAAGCCAAGAUCCAAGAAGCAAUUGCCAAAAUUUUAGUUGAGAUGUUACGUCAUGCAAUGAAGAAAAUAACGAAGAGACUGCAGUAAUGUUUGCGUAGAGAAGCAGCUCAUCUGCAAGAUUUCAUCUUCAAAAAUUAAUUGUACUGAUUGUAUUCUAAAAUGGCAUUAUUUUUGCAAUUAAAAGACAUAAAUAUAUAUUUUAAUUUG